AUUUAUUAAAUGCACGUUGUUAUAAGGCUUUAAAAUCAUGGAUGUAGGAAUCAUAAACUGUGGUGGAUAGUAGUAGCUCCAAGAAAAAGAAAUAUUAAAGGUAGAUUUAUAGAGCAUGUUGGAUAUUGGGUACCACAUGAAAGGAAGGUUGUGUAAAGAUCAGUCAUCUUGAAUAAACCUAGAAUACGUUAUUGGUUAGCUAUGGGAGCAGGAGUUACACCUAAAGUCCAUAGAUUUUUAUCUUGGGUAGAUUUAUUGCCAGCUCCUUUAAUUAAAUUUGGAUCAAAAACAUUAUAUGAAAAGCCUAAAAUUCCAAUUUCAGUUGAUACAUUCAAACCCUUUAAUAAGCCUUUUUAAAGCUCAAUAGAAUAUUAAUUCUUAGACAAAAUCUAAGAAAAUUUAGUGAAUAAUGAUUUGAAAAGAAAAAUUUUAUAUUCUUAAUAAAAAGUAGAAGAAAUUCCUGCAACAUCAGUAGAAUUAGAAAAAGAAUGGGAUAGAUUGAGAGCUGAAGUAUAUUAAAUAGAAAAAGACAGUAAAGCUGUGAAUCCAGAAAAGAAAGAGUUGGUUUUCAAAAAGAUUAAUGAGAUUGCUAAAUAAUGGUUUACAGAGAAGAGAAUGGAAGGAUUAAAAUAACUUUCAAUAGAGAAAGCCAAUAUAAAGGUGGAUACUUAAAAUUUGAAAGAAUAAAUUAUGUUAUAAAAUUUGGCUAUUCAAACAUAAAAAUCAUUAGAAGAUAAAUCAACUUGGAUAAAUGGUAAUUAAUAGUUUAAAGAUAGACUUAAUUCCUUUAAGUGAAGAUGAAGCUUUCCGAUAUAUUCUUAAAGUAAAGAGAAGAAUUAAAUAAGCAAGACAAGCAUACAAGAAAAUAUAUGAGUUUGCUUAUGCUUAAAGUUAAGUAGUGAGUAGAGCUUUCAUUGAUGAUUAUUUAAGAAAAAGAAAUUAUAGACAAAGACCAGUUUCAAAUGAACAACAUCCAGAUUAAAAGCAUAAUAUGAUUGAGACGUAACAAUUGAUUAUUUUGUUAUAUUAGAUUACAUUAUAUUCCAGUAAAUAGACCAGUUCAUCCACUUCCUGAUUUUGAAGCUUAUGAUCCAGAAGAUUAUACUGAUAUAAAAAGAUAAUCAGAAUAACUCAUAAAGAAUAAGAGUAAUGAAUUUAAGUUAUUGUUAGGUUAUAGCAUUCCGAAUGUUUAUUUGGAACCUGAUUAGAUUGAACCUUAAAUAAAUAACAACAUUGGGGGAUACAUUAAAGGUUAAGGAGGCAGAAAGAGAAAUCAAAAGGGAUAGCUUUAAAUUAGUAAUUUAAGAAAAAAGAUAAAGGAAGCCUAUAAAGCUAGAUAUGGUAUUAAUAAAUGAG